UUGUCGGGAGGACGGAGUCACGCGAAAGACAACGACGUAAACUGUUCCGGGUACCAGGAAGAGACAGGGAAGUGGGGGCUUCUGAAAAGUGCUGGAUUCUCCCAGUGUCACCCACACAGACCGAGAUUGCAAGUGGGGGCGGGCUGCACUCGCUGAGUCUUGAGCUAGGACGCACAGAGGUGUGGGGAGGAGCAAGCGAGCGCAGGAAGGAAGAGGAAGGAGGGAAGAAAGGAGAGAUCGCGAAGAAAGCGGGACAGGGAGGAUUCAGAGCAUUCGACAGCCACAGAAGAUCACCAGCAUGGCCUCAGUGUCUACUCACGGGAACCAAGAGAAAAGUCCCCACUUGCCGCCAUUGAGCAAGCAGAGCAUGUUGUUUUGCCCCAAAUCAAAACUGCACAUCCACAGAGGAGAGAUUGCCAAGAUUAUCCGAGAAUGUCAAGAAGAAAGUUUCUGGAAGAGAGCCCUGCCUUUUUCUCUUAUAAGCAUGCUUGUCACCCAGGGACUCGUUCACCAAGGUUAUUUAGCUGCUAAUCCAAGAUUUGGAUCAUUGCCUAAAGUAGCAUUGGCUGGUCUCUUGGGGUUUGGCCUUGGGAAGGCUUCCUAUAUAAGAGUUUGCCAGAGUAAAUUCCACUCCUUUGAAGAUCAGCUCCGUGGUGCUGGCUUUGGUCCUGAGCAUAACAGGCACUGCCUGCUCACCUGUGAGGAUUGUAAAACCAGGCGUGGAUUAAGCGAGAAGGCAGGGUCACAGCCAUCUGCUUCCUAAACCGAGUCUGUGGUUUCCAAUCAUUUUUAAACCUCUGACUUUGUACACAUUUAAAAUUUCAAGUGUACCUUAAAAUAAUAUACUUCUAUUGAAUCAGAAA